CGUUGUGAAUUAAUAAUUUCUCCCAGAGUAUUUGUCCACAUUCAAUUUUACACACCAUCCAAUACACUUCUUUAAUCCAUUUUAUCUUGUAAUUUGUAUAUUAAAAAAUUAUAGAAAUUAUAUAUUAAUAAUCUAUAUGUUAAGACAAAUCAAACAAGAUCACACAUGACUAUAUUUAGGCUUACACAUUGAGAGAAUUUGAUGAGUCAAAAUGCUUAGAUGAACAAUUCCAAAAAUCAAAAGUAGACAAAUACGGAGUAUAAUGGGAGGGAGGAGAUCUUUUGACCCGAAUGUGAGAAAGCAUGGAGGAGAGUUGUCCAAAGUUCAUGGUUGACUCCCGGGUUUUUGCGACUAGAAAUUGACUUGGCUAGACUUUUGCAGUCAGUGUUGGCCCAAAUAUAUCUUCCAAAAUGUGCAGCCCAUUGCAUGCCAAUGGCUAAAGCUUUUGCCUCACCUUGUGAUGGAUACCCUGGACAGGGGGUAUCCGGUCUUUGUAUAAAAUUAGUCGGGGUGAUCCAGUCUGUUGGACAAGCCCGUUUGCCGUGUAUUAAUUACUUUUUAGGGGCGGCCCAGUCUGUUGGGCCGGCCCAUUAGUUUGUAUGUAUGCUCAAACCCUAACCCUAACUCUCCCUAUUUAUACCCCUCUUCUCAGAAGAGGAAGGGGAGGUGGAGGAAACAAUGGAGGCUACACUAUUCAUCAUCUUCUUCAUCUUUACACAUUUUCUCCUUUUCCUCUACCCUUGGAUUCCUUAAUCCAACAAUGGUGCUUUCAUUGAGAGUGUCGAACACAUCAAGCGUGCUCUCAAAAAUUUUUCCCUAUUUUUCGUUCAUCAUUUUUUUUCCAGAUUUUGACUUUUUUUCCCUAAUCUGGAAAACCCGAACUUAGAGUGGGAGAUUUGUGCUAUUCAUCCUCUUCUAAUUCCACCAAGAAAGAUCUGCGAUGAUUUGGCCAAUAAAAAAAAGAAUCCAGAUCCCGUCAUUGAGGUGGAUUUCCAGGAGGUUUCAUCAGCUCCACCGCCGAUUCAGUGAAACGAGACACGCCCUCGUCCCUUCGCCGUCAGGAGGAUCGGCUACGCCUGUGAACUCGUCGUCGACGUUCGCCGGCUCAACCUGGCACAGUACAUCCCCAACUCUAAAACGCAUCGGUGACCCCUGCACUCCGACGAGCGCUGCAACAGGCCGAAUCUAACAAAUCCAGCAGCCAAACACCGAUGCUCACCGCCGAUGAUUCCCGCUGGACGCUCCCUUCUCCGUUCGGAGAUCCUUGUCGCGGGGCGCCAUGCCUCAACCGGGAAGGCUCUCAACUACAUCCCAUCCUCGCCGGAAGGAUCUCGGUCGCCGUCGCAUUCAAUUCUCCAGCUGUAGUUGCUGCCCGCCCAGCCCCAUCUCGCCGCAGCCGAAUCUGCCACCGCCAUUGGAAUUCGGCGCUGCAAUUGCAGCCUAAAUCCGAGGUCGUCGCCGCCAUGGUUUCAGGGCCCCUCACCAUCGUCUAGACCAAGACGAGCAGCCGGGAAGAUGGAACAUCUCGACUUUUACAGCAAAGCAGAUCCGGCGCAGAAGGGUCGGCGUGCUGUAGGUGUCUGCAUUCCAACCUUUUCCCGAUUCCCUAAGUCAUCCCGCUCAUUUUGACAGGAAAGCAACAGUUCCUUUGUAUUAUUGCUCCGUAUGGGGGCUACACAAUUCAGACCAGAGAGCAACAAAAAAAAGAUAAGUCUUCUUACACACAUUUUCACUAGUCCGUAU